UGCGUACCCGCCCACUCCUCGGCGCCUGCGCACUUCGGAGGAAUUCGAUGCGACUUCCGGUGACGUACAUCAUGGCGGCGUUUGGUGGAGCCUGGAACAGGUGAAGGAGGAGCCGCCUCGGAUCGCCCACUUUCUUUGCUGCCAUGUCGGGGGCCGGCAACAAGCGCGCAGCCGGGGAUGGGGGCUCGGGCCCCUCGGAGAAGAAGCAGAAUCGGGAGGAGAAGACCACGACCACCCUUAUUGAGCCCAUCCGCCUGGGAGGCAUCUCCUCCACGGAGGAGAUGGACCUGAAGGUUUUGCAAUUUAAGAACAAAAAGUUGGCAGAGCGACUGGAACAACGACAGGCCUGUGAAGAUGAAUUAAGAGAGCGCAUUGAAAAGCUAGAAAAGCGGCAGGCCACUGAUGAUGCCACAUUGCUGAUUGUCAAUCGCUAUUGGGCCCAGCUGGAUGAAACUGUAGAAGUCCUCCUCCGACGACAUGAAGGACGAGGAGAAUUGCUCUCUAGGACAGAGGGACAGGGAACCCAAGAUAGCAUCGAACUUGAUGGGGUCCCUCUGCCUGAACCAGGAACCACAGAGAGAAGAGAUCUGCCCACCCUGCAGCUUCGGCCUUCGCUGAGCGAGCCAGCUUUGGCUUUUGUGGCAGCCCUGGGAGCCAGCAGUAGUGAAGAGGUAGAACUUCAGCUCCAGGGUCGCAUGGAGUUCUCCAAGGCUGCGGUGUCCAGAGUGGUAGAGGCCUCAGAUCGCCUGCAUCGGCGAGUAGAAGAACUGUGUCAUCGAGUUCAAAGCAGAGGAGAAUGUGAGUCCCUCGGAGAAGGACUUAGGACUUUAACCAGGGAGCUCGGCCAGGACAAUAGGCGUCUACAGGACUUGACUACACAGCUGCAGGAGAAGCACCACCGAAUCUCUCUGGAAUAUUCAGAACUCCAAGAUAAGGUGACAUCAGCAGAGACCAAGGUGUUAGAGAUGGAGACUUCAGUAGAGGAUCUGCAGUGGGACAUUGAGAAAUUGCGCAAACGGGAGCAAAAACUCAACAAGCACCUAGCUGAGGCUCUGGAGCAGCUCAAUUCCGGCUACUAUGUGUCAGGGAGCUCGGGGAGUUUCCAGGGAGGCCAAAUCACACUCAGUAUGCAGAAGUUUGAGAUGCUGAAUGCUGAACUGGAAGAGAACCAAGAAUUGGCCAAUAGCCGCAUGGCUGAGUUAGAAAAGCUUCAAGCAGAGCUGCAGGGCGCUGUACGCAGCAACGAACGGCUCAAGGUGGCCCUUCGGAGCUUGCCUGAAGAGGUGGUCAGAGAGACUGGGGAGUACCGACUGCUCCAGGCCCAGUUCUCUCUGCUCUACAACGAAUCCUUGCAAGUGAAGACCCAGCUGGAUGAGGCCCGGGGGCUCCUCCUUGCUACCAAGAACUCCCAUCUGAGGCACAUUGAGCACAUGGAGAGUGAUGAACUGAGUCUGCAAAAGAAGCUUCGAACUGAAGUGAUUCAACUAGAAGACACAUUAGCCCAGGUGCGAAAAGAAUAUGAGAUGCUUCGGAUCGAAUUUGAGCAGAAUCUAGCAGCCAACGAGCAGGCAGGGCCCAUUAACCGGGAGAUGCGUCACCUCAUCAGCAGCCUGCAAAACCACAACCACCAGCUGAAGGGUGAUGCACAGCGGUAUAAAAGGAAGCUGAGAGAGGUGCAGGCGGAGAUUGGCAAGCUCCGGGCACAGACUAUUGGCUCAGGCCCUUCAGCCCCAUCCCAAACUGCCUCUGAGGAUCAGGGGUCAGGAGUAGGGGGAACACUGGCCCCAGUGAAAGAAGAGGAGAGUUCUGGGUCGGGGCCAGCUGUUCUCCAGGAGGCCAAAAAAGAGUCAUUGUCUGCCCCAGUGACUCCCACAGCAUCUACAGCUAGUGUGGUGAAGAAAGAAGAGCCCUCUUUUGAAGAGGAGGUACCUCUUACCCAGGCCCAAACUCCACAUCCCGCACCCCAAACCCCUGCUUCCAGGAGCCGGGAGACCGAGCCUCGAGGAAAACGAGAGUCCCGGGACCGGGAAGGGUCAGCAUCUGGGACCCCAACAUCCUCUUCCUCCUCCUCUUCCUCAAGAGGAGAUCGAGACAAGGCCAAGGCUGAGGAGAGUAAGAGGAAGGAGUCUGAAUUACUCAAGGGACUUCGAGGGGAGCUCAAGAAGGCCCAAGAAAGUCAGAAGGAGAUGAAGCUGUUGCUGGACAUGUACAAGUCCGCCCCCAAGGAGCAGAGGGACAAGGUGCAGCUCAUGGCUGCAGAGCGCAAGGCCAAAGCUGAGGUAGAUGAGCUUCGGGGCCGGAUCCGGGACUUGGAAGAGAAGGAAAGGAAAGAGAGUAAGAAAUUGGCAGAUGAGGAUGCUCUGCGAAGAAUCCGGUUGGCAGAGGAACAGAUUGAGCACCUGCAGCGCAAACUCGGGGCCACCAAGCAGGAGGAGGAGGCGCUGCUCUCAGAGAUGGAUGUGACUGGGCAGGCUUUUGAGGAUAUGCAGGAGCAGAAUGGUCGCCUUAUACAGCAGCUGCGUGAAAAGGAUGACGCCAACUUCAAGCUAAUGUCUGAGAGAAUCAAGUCCAACCAGAUUCAUAAGCUGCUCCGGGAAGAGAAGGAUGAGCUGGGGGAGCAGGUCCUGGGCCUCAAGUCUCAGGUGGAUGCUCAGCUUUUGGUGGUACAGAAGCUAGAAGAGAAGGAGCGAGUUCUUCAGGGCAGCUUGGGGAGUGUGGAGAAGGAGCUAACCCUACGGAGCCAGGCCCUGGAGCUUAACAAGAGGAAGGCAGUAGAAGCAGCACAGCUGGCUGAGGACCUCAAGGUCCAGCUGGAACAUGUACAGAGCCGGCUUCGGGAAAUCCAGCCCUGCCUGGCCGAGAGCCGAGCGGCCCGAGAGAAGGAGAGCUUCAACCUCAAGAGGGCCCAGGAGGACAUCUCUCGACUCCGGCGGAAGUUGGAGAAGCAGAAGAAGGUAGAGGUCUAUGCUGAUGCUGAUGAGAUUCUGCAGGAGGAAAUCAAGGAAUACAAGGCCCGGCUGACCUGCCCCUGCUGCAACACCCGGAAGAAGGAUGCUGUCCUAACCAAGUGCUUUCAUGUCUUCUGCUUUGAGUGCGUGCGGGGCCGCUACGAGGCCCGCCAGAGAAAAUGCCCCAAGUGUAAUGCGGCUUUUGGGGCGCAUGACUUCCACCGUGUCUACAUUAGCUGAGGCAACCUGCAUCCAGAUUCCCCCACUUCUACAAUCUAUUGGUUGAGCUACAGGGUUGGAGGACCAAGGCCUGCAUGGUUUCCAUGGUGCUGUCAACUGAGCUUAGACCUCAGGAGUCAUUUCUCCAAGCCUUUUUUCCUUUCUGCUUUGGACCUUAGCCAUCCAGCCCUUGAACACUUCAUCCCUUUGGCAUGUGUGAGUUUAUCCAACGACACCUUCAGACCUUGGUUUUUCUGGUUCAGAACCCAGGCAUCCUGACUCUCACACUCAUUUCCAAGAUUGAACUCUUCUGGUGAAAUCAUCCUUUGCUCUGGUCUGUCACAGGAAGUGGCUCACUUUGGAAAAGGUUGUUUUUCUCCAUUUGGCCUUAUCUGGACCCAGACUGGCAGAGGAAGGUGAUUCUGUAGUCUGGUCUGCCUGAGCUUAGUAUGAACUUGUACCUCUGAAGGCUGAUUGGGUUAAGAGAGUUAUUUUCUGCCACAUUAAUCUCACUCCACAGGGAAAGUUCUUUCCAAUUCCAAGAAUUCCAAUUCUGUAGCCAGGACCCAUCCAAAUUUUUUCUUCUUCCUCUAUCCCCUUUUCCUUGUCAUCUCAAUACAAAAAGCUCUUUGGCAUUCAUCUCCUUGAGGCUGUUUGUCCUUAUUGAACAACCUGGCUUCCUAGGAAAUUUCCUUUCACUUAACAGGAUGCACCAGGAAGCAUUACAACCUUAGUCUCAUUUCCAGAGAAAGAUUUCCCAUUUUUUUAACCUCCAUCUUGAGGAGCCUCUCCAAAGUACUUGUAACUGCAUCUGAAAAAGGAGCUGGCCCUAGUGGGUACAUUCUCUACUGUUGGGGAGGUUGGACUGGGCACCAAGGGCUUUCCCAUGUUGGGUGAGCCAUGAAGGGCUCUCUAUCUCUGUCUCUCCUUUUUUCUUCUUUUCUCCCUUCUUCUGUCUGUCUCUCUGCCUCUUUGUCUCCAUCUUUCUCUUCCCCUCAUCUUUUCUUUCCCCCUCUACCCUUCUCCCUCUCUUUUCUCUGUAAGGAGCUGUCAACUUCUCAGCCUGGUACACCUGGGUCUUCCUACUCUGGGGCCUAUAUUUUUGGAUGAGGCUGGGACUACAUCCUCAGGUCAGAAGGAGGAUCUCAGAAUGGUGAGAGUCUGCAGGAUCCAGUGCAACUGAAACUGUCCAACUGGCAAAAGCCUUUGCUCCCUUUGUGACAAGUGUCAGGUGUCCCAUUCCUCUGCUUUUUCCAGAAACUCUGUGUUCAGGAGUUUCAGUCCAUUGUGUAUUUGCUCCAUCUGUCUCUCUUUCAAAAGUUCUAGCCUUUAGCUCCAGCCUUCUCGGUUGUCCUGCAGGACCUUGGAGUCCCAUAUGCUAGAGAGGGAACCUAGUCUUAAGAAUUGAAAGACCUUAGGUUAGCUGUCCUCUCAGGCUUUCCCUGAGCCUCCUCAUCUCUAAGCCAGCUACCCCAGUUCUGUCUUUUCCAUCUGAUGAUCACAAAUGGAGUAGAGAGCAAUUCUUAGAGGGAAGCUUAAAGACAAGUGUAAUACAAAACAAUACCAUAGCUGAAAAGAUUUUCCAGUAACAGAUUCUCACAUCUCAGUCCAUCUAAGUAUUCUUCCUCAUGUCCAAUUUCCAUUCUCAUCCCUCUCUCUACACCUCUUCCACCUACAUCAUAUCUCAUGACUUCAUUACCAAGGAGGAGCAAGAUUCAUUUUUUCAAGUUUCUAUAUGCCUGGACCCAGAUGCCCUAUGUUAGAUUUCUUGUAUGACUGAUUGAUAUUUGUUGUGAAGAAUAAACAUUAAAACUUUCCCUGAAGAUCA